AUGCCUCCCAAGUUUGACCCCAAUGAGGUGAAAAUCAUUCACCUGCGUGUGACUGGUGGUGAGGUCGGAGCCCAGUCCGCUCUGGCUCCCAAGAUCGGUCCUCUCGGUCUGUCCCCCAAGAAGAUCGGUGAAGAUAUCGCCAAGAACACUGGUGACUGGAAGGGUCUCCGUGUGACCGUCCGUCUCACCAUCCAGAACCGUCAGGCCGCCAUCUCCGUUGUGCCCUCUGCUUCCUCUCUGGUCAUCAAGGCCCUUAAGGAGCCCCCCCGUGACCGCAAGAAGGAGAAGAACAUUAAGCACACCAAGUCGAUCCCUCUCGACGACAUCAUCGAGAUCGCCCGCACCAUGCGCCACCGUUCUUUGGCCAAGGAGCUCCGUGGUACCGUCCUUGAGAUCCUCGGUACCGCUUUCUCCGUCGGUUGCCGCAUUGACGGCCGCAGCCCCAAGGACGUCUCUGACGACGUCAAGGCUGGCGAGAUUGACAUCCCCUCCGAGUAA